UCACGCCAAGCCUCCAAACAUUGCAUGGUGGUGAGUGAUUCACCACGUUCACGCUCUACAAAUCUCAAGACGACUUCAGCAUGUGGAAAGUAUUUAGUCAGGUGGGUGUCAAGGCUAUGACGUGAGGUAACAAUCAGUGAAGUAAGUGUGUGAAAAUAGGCGUGGUAAGUCCAGACUCGAGUACUCGAGUGUACUAAAAUGUUUAGUGUACAGUGGUAAUUUGGACAUCCGGGAUACCAACCAUGUGGUAAACAUCCGGGAUACCUAUUAAUCAAGUGCGUUGUCAUGGUGUUACUGUACAAGCAAGCAAGUCUGAUUGGCGUUCACUGUAUGUCGCGCUGAUGGCUGUUCCUCCCAAGUACGGGGCGAGAGCUUACAGAUCGUGUGACGUUGUUCGUCAGGACAGCAUCUGGAAGACGUACGUCCGACGGGAAGCGAAAUCUGCGAGGAAAUGGCGAGACAACUGGGCGUUUAUAACGCAAUACGACCUACGAGGUGAAUUAAAAACGCCUCAAAAGAAGCCGGAAAAUUUGACGGUUUUUGGUGACAAAAUUCCUCCCACGUCAUCACAACAAAUUGGAGCCAGACUAAAAAGCCCCUUUCAAAUAGCUGUGAGACAGCUAGAGUCGAGUAUGGCGAAACGCUGCCAAAGGAGCGACCUGAACACCAAGUUCGUGUUUACGUGACUGGAUGUGGUGCAGACGAUGUUGCAUCUCACGUUUUCGUUUCGUAGCCGAGACUAUGAUAGUCUAACGAAUUACUUCUUGUUUGUAAUAGAUUGACCAGUUGUAAGAGAUUUCCAUCUUAGUUUCUGACAAUAAAUCGUAUUUUGGAGCGUACCCAUUCUGCGCAUGCGUGCAUUGACCUCAUUCCCAACAUCAACAGUUACUGCUUCA